ACUGUCCAAUGGGCGAUUAGGACGUACACACAUUUCUUAUAAAUGACAAGGUGACAGUCUUUUGCGUUCUGCCUUCAUUGACUACCGCUCGCUGCUAGAGAAGCUAAUCAGGGACCCUCCCGAUACCGUAACUAACCGGUUCCAGCCAUGUAUUCCUGUGCAAAGUUUGUCACUUCUCCUGCUCUGCUGCGUGGGGGGUCCAGAGUCCUUGCCCGGCCAGUCUCAGUCUCCCUUUUUAACAGACCCGAAGUAACAGUGGAGCAGCAGCAGGCACUGUUGCCAGUAAGUCAGUCUGCAGUCCUAAGCCGUUAUUUCCAGACCAGUGCGGUCUCUCGGGACAUCGACACUGCUGCUAAGUUUAUUGGUGCUGGUGCUGCCACAGUGGGAGUUGCUGGUUCUGGAGCCGGAAUUGGAACGGUUUUUGGUAGCCUCAUCAUUGGCUAUGCUAGGAACCCCUCCCUAAAGCAGCAACUCUUCUCCUACGCCAUCCUGGGCUUUGCUCUAUCUGAGGCUAUGGGUCUCUUUUGUUUGAUGGUGGCAUUCCUUAUUCUCUUUGCCAUGUAAAUCUGGAGACAAUCACACCUUCAGCUUCUUUUACACCUUUCCCGUCAACUCUCCAUCGAAGUUACCUUCCCUCCAUCCAUUCAACGGAGUGAGGAUGUUCCAGAACAGGAACUCUAAUGUGCUGAUGGGGCCAUUCCAAUUAACAGAAAUCAAGAGUAAAGGCUGAUACACAUCAGGAUACAUUUUUAUGUUCUGUAGUUUUUCUGGAAAACCAUUUCAGUAUGAAAAAUAUCUUGAAUAAAUGGUUGGAACAAACUUAA